CUUAGCUCAUUCCAUCAUCGAAAAUCAGAAACCUCACCAAAACCUUAUCUUUAACAAUGGCUGCUGCUGCUGCCUCGCUCCACUCCCUCUCUCUCUCCCUCACUCCGCAAACCCUAUGCUUCGUUUCCGCGUCUUCGCUUGCUCCCUCUUCUCUCAAGCCCCUCGCAUUGCCAAGGUCCCCCCUUCUCUCCCUCUCUACCGCCCACCCAAUCCCUAAAUUCGUCCGCAACGUCGCCAUUUCCUCUGAAUUGGGCGAAGAGGUGGACGAGGGAGAGGAUGAAAAGGCGUCUCCGCAGCCCAAUUUCUCCCCCGAGUUGAAACUUUUCGUGGGGAAUUUGCCCUUCACCGUUGAUAGCUCCCGGCUUGCUGGCCUGUUUGAACAAGCCGGGAAUGUUGAGAUGGUUGAGGUUAUCUACGACAAGGCUACAGGAAGAAGCCGGGGUUUUGGUUUCGUGACUAUGUCCACAGUCGAGGAAGUAGAAGCUGCCGCUCAACAAUUCAAUGGAUAUGAACUUCAAGGUAGGGCUUUGAGGGUGAGCUCUGGCCCACCACCUCCGAGGGAUGAAAAUUUCUCGCCCCGAGGACCCAGGGGAGGGUCGAGUAUAGACAACACCAACAGGCUUUAUGUGGGUAACCUUGCGUGGGGUGUUGACAAUCUUACACUCGAAACCUUGUUUAGCGAGCAGGGGAAGGUUAAGGAAGCAACUGUUGUCUAUGACCGAGACAGUGGUAGGUCGAGGGGUUUUGGUUUCGUAACAUAUGGUUCAGCUCAAGAGGUUGACAAUGCUAUCAGAUCAUUCGAUGGCAUGGACCUCAACGGUAGAUCUAUUCGAGUGAGCAGAGCUGAAGCCCGUCCAAAGCGUGAAUAUUAAUGACUUAAACCAUUCGAGGUCAUCCAACUGGGAAAGCAUGUGGAGAAUUCCAAGUCUCAAAUGCUGCAUCCCAAGGUCUCGCCCUCUCGACAAGGAUUGGAAGAUCUUGUUUCUCGCAUCACCUGCAUCGGGAUUCACCUACUGGCGUUUAGGUUAAUACGUCCCCUCCAUCAAUACCAACAGGAUCUGGAGUAGCAAUCUAAAUUUUAAAAUGUGUUUCUGCAAUGUGUGAUUCUGCAUUGUGGAGAAAUUUUGUGGGUGUGUAAUGAAUAAGCAGGUUAAGUUUACUUCUAGAUUCCGACAUGAAGCGACUUCCUUUGUAAGAAGUUUGUAUACGAUAAUACCCAAUUCUUUUUUAUGGCAAUCUAGAAAAUUGAUUUCUUUCUAAA